AUGAAUGAUUCUUGUCGCUUUCAUGAUCAAGAGAUGCGUGAAUCGAAAGAGCGGCCCAGCCGUCUCCAGGGCCCACGGCUAGGCGCGGACGCCCUCGUGCAGGUGUGGGCCGUGCCGAGCUCAAAGAAGCUGGCGGGCGCCGGGGCGGAGUGGCGGACCGCGGCGUCCUUCCACGCCGGCGGCGGGGCCCUGGCCGCGGCCGCGUGGUCGCCGGACGGGGCCAGGAUAGCGACCGUCGGGGAGGACGGUCUGGCGAACGUGUGGGCGGCGUGCCCGGAGCGUGGUGCGGAGGCGUGGGCCCUCGCGGCGGCGCUGCCGGGGCACGCCGCGGGCGCGUGCAGCGUGGCCUGGUGCCCGGACGGGGCCCGCCUGCUGACGGGCGCCGCGGACAGGACCGCCCGGAUCUGGGACCCGUCCCGGCACGAGGAGGCGCUGCUCCAGCUGCCCGCCUGA